AUGUUGGCAGAAGACGAGGAGGAGGCUCGCAAGAGCACAUCCCUGAGUCCGGAUGGGUUCUACGAUCUCAUCGCCUGCUGCUAUGAAGACCUGCUGGUGGUGGACAUCCGGUCCGCCGAGGACUUUCGUGGGUGCCACGUGCGCGGCGCCGUGCACUUUCCCUUCAGCACCGACCAGGCAGAGUCGAAGCGGCACAAGGCCAUCCGGUUCUACAAGGAAAUGCGCAGGCUCGAGCGAACGUGGUUUACUCGUGUAGUCGUGGUCUCCGAUCUCGACGAUCCCCUGACCGAAGAGGCCGACACCAUGCCCGUCUCGCCCACCUCAACCCGAUCUUGCUAUUCCAAGGGUCUGGAAUUUGCCGAUGUCAUCAAGAAUGCCCCGGGCAUGAAGCACAUCGUCGCCAUCUGGGUUAUCGAUGGAGGAUUCGUGAGCUUCAAGAAGAAGUAUCCCUAUCUGUGCGUCUCGAGCAUUACUGUCAAGCGUGAGGAACCUCUCUUCCGGGACGCCACCCGCAAGAUCCAGGAGUACUACGCCAGCAUGCCGCGCGAUAUGAAAGUCCCCUUCGCCUCCUCACUCGCCUCACCAUCUUCAUCUUCGUCCACAUCACCCUCAUCUUCUGCACCAUCAUCUACAUCGUCUUCUUCUACUACUACUACUUCCUCAGCGUGUACGAACGAGGCGUGCAUGGUGGAGGGUUGUACAGCUCCGGCAGCGCGUCCGGUGCGCUCGCUGGCGUCGGCGUCCAAGUACAUCAAGUGCAACCCGUGCAAGUGGCCCAGCAAGCUGGUCGACGACUUCCUGUACCUGGGCGACUACGAGACUGCGUGCAACCCUCUGGCACUCAAGGCCCUGCGCAUCGGGCGCGUCAUCAACUGCACGCCCGAUCGUAUCAACCUUUGGGAGAAGCGGCCCAGGAAGAGACGACGGAUCGAACAUGCCACUGAAGGAGACGAAGACGACGGAGAGCGGAGUGAGGGCACCAAGAGCGAUACCUCAUCGACAUCUCCACCAUCGCCAACACCGACAUCGACAUCAUCGCCGUCGAUACCCGCAUCGCCGUUGCCUUCAUCGACAGCAACGCCACCCGAAGAAAACGGGGAGGAAGAGGAGGUGGCCGAGGAACCGAUGGCGAGCGUCCUCUUUCCAGAUGUGAAGAUCGACGAAUAUUUGAGGAUCGCGGUGCUCGACAACUACUGCGACAACAUCGCCAGCUAUUUUGAUACGUCGAUCGCGUUCAUUGAGAAAGCAAAGGAACACUCGCAAGCUGUGCUCGUGCAUUGCGCCCAAGGCAUCAGCCGCAGCGUGACGAUAGCCAUCGCCUAUCUCAUGAAAGUGGAGGGAAUGUCGUUGCGAGAGGCUCACGAUUUCGUGCGCGCCAAGCGACCGGUCAGCAAGCCCAACGUCGGCUUCCUCAAGCAGCUCUCUGCCUUCGAACUCCAACUACGCGGCACCACAAGCAUGCAGACCUGA